AGUCUGGCCCAAACUAGGCCCAUUAUAGAAGAUAUGGGUCAUGAAACGCAGCGUAUGAGAACGGCGACGUGCGUCUUGGUAGUUUUGACUGACGCUCCGAAGCUGAUUGCGAAACGUUCGCGACGGUGACGAAAAUCCCACUACAGAGACAUGUCAAGGUUUCGAUCAUUGUUGCAAGCCUCAGUAAAUGCAACGAAAAGGGCUUUUACGUGGAACAUUGAAGAAUGGAUACCACCUCCAGAGAAGUAUAUAUUUAAGUUUCAUUCGAAAGAAGACUUGAAGAAAUGGCAUCUCUAUUCUGAUUCUGAAUAUGGAGGAUUAUCUUCGGCUUCCUUGGAGAUCCCAGAUGGAGGAAAAGGAUCAGAUGGAACUGGAAUUUUCUCGGGAAACCUUUCCGUAGACCUUAGUGAGGGAUCAAAGUGGAACAUCAGUCGGAGUGGCUUCUGUGGAAUGCGCUCAAAGAAGUUUGAUGGCUUCAUUGAUCUGGACGGGUAUGAUGCAAUAGCCAUGAGGCUUAGAGGAGAUGGAAGGUGUUAUAUAUCUACCAUCUAUACCGAAAACUGGGUGAAUUCACCAGGACAAACAGAAGAUAACUCGUGGCAAGCUUUCGUCUUUGCUCCAAAGGACAGGUGGUAUACUGCCAAGAUCCCUCUGGCUAGAUACUUGCCAACAUGGAGAGGAAAUGUAAUCGAUGUGGAAAUGGAGAUGAAUCCAGGUCGUGUUCUGGGUAUGUCACUGUCGGUUAACGCAGAAGGUGGUGCGGUUGGAGCCAAGUCAGGAGCAGGUGAUUUCAGAGUUGAAAUUGACUGGAUCAAAGCCUUGAGAAUGCCAUGAACGGGUGAAGCGUUAUGGCAAUGUAUGAUGUCUUUGUUGCUUAUUCUUUGUUUUAGCUUGUAAAAAACAGGCCUGAGUUGAUACUUUGGUGGCCUUGUUUAAGCUGGUCAACACUUUGAGCAUGUUUUAACUAUGUUCAUCAAAUAAAAAAUACAUGACACGAAUCAAAAAGAUAUGAUCAUUAUCUUAUGUUUUGUAGUUUAUCCGUUUUUGGUCAACUUGUUAAUACUUA